AUGCCUGCCGCCUCUCCCAACGGCACCGUCGUAUCGGAAGCUCUGGUGCAGCUUGACCGACCUCGUCAGGCGAAUGCUAAUCCUGCCGAGAACACCGGCGCAGAACAGGUCGGCUUCAAGCGCCGCCGGAUUGCCAUUGCAUGCGUCGCAUGCCGACAGAGGAAAUCUAGGGUAACUCGUACUUCGGAAACCCUAUUCAGAUAUCAAACGUAUAUUAUGCUUGAGCUAACUUCAUACCCAGCCAAAGGCAGCCAAGCCAAAAUCCCAAAUGAUUACGACGAGCGUCUCAGGGCUAUUGAAGCCACCCUCCAGCAACUAGUGCAAAACCAAGAAGCGUCCCUAGGCCGGCCAUCACCUGGCCACGUCAGCGUAGAUGGAGAUACUCAAGAUGAAUCGCAGCCAGUCACUCUAAUAUGUCAUGACGAGCCCAAGGCUCAUGACACUAUGGUAGAUACUGUCGAUGGCCUGGCUGCUAUUAGCAAUGGUGAUGUAGACACGCGGUUCUUCGUAACGCCUCCUCAACGAUCCAACCAAAUAGGGGCAGAGGACUCCAUCACGCAAGUGCCAUCGCCUGCGGCUUCGAUCGUGGCUUCUACGCCCUUUAGAACGGCGGCUACAAAUCCCCAGGUGUUGCCUGCCGAGGUGCAAGCCGUUUACCUAAUAAGACUCUACUUCGCCGACACGGGAACCAUGUUCCCUUUCAUCUGCAAAGAACAAGUCUUGUCUACGUAUUACACGUACAAAGCGCAUGGCUUCUCUGGCGUUAGCCGGUCGUUUCUAUGCCUCCUGAAUGCCAUCUUUGCCUUUGCAACGUAUAUCAGUGCGAAGCCUGAACAGCCGAUUACAAAAAUGCUCACUACGACGUUGGGCCGGCCGCCCAUAGUUCAAGAUGAAUUCAUGAAUCUUCCGCUACCGUUGGAUGGCAGCUUGGAUGCACCUGUACGGACAAUGGACCACCACGUUGGUGAAUACGGCGACGCCGGCCUAGUCAACACGGCAUCCUUUUUCAUAGCGACAAUAAAGCUUUACGAGAUUCUAGGAUCCGUAGUCGCCAAGCUCUAUGGACAAAACCUAGACGAAGGGCUUGUAGAAAACAGGCCAGUUCCGACGCAAGACAUACUCACAAUCGAAGACCGGCUCUGGAACUGGAAGAGGAAUUUAUCCGAAAAAUUGUCGUUGAGACCAUGGCUGAAUAGCGGACCGAGCAGCGAAUGGUCCCAGCAGCAGCCCCCCUAUCACCCCGUAUUCGCCCGUCUCAGCGUCGUUACCCGGCUGCGGUAUCUUUGCGUGAGGAUUCUACUUCAUCGCCCGAUCUUGACCCAUCUUCUCCUGGAGAGGCGAUUGCCGUUUGGGGAGAGUGAUGGUGAUGGCAGCGUAGGCUUGACGCAGGACAUGUGGAAGUCGAGUGUCGUUAUUUGCCAAGAUUCGGCGAUGGAGACUAUCGACAUUAUUCAUCGUAUGAGCAACUCAACGCAUCUUCUUGGGGCUUGGUGGUAUACCAUAUACUUUGCAUUCCACGCUGCUCUCGUUAUCUUCAGUCGUCUUCUUCUCCUCCUGGAUUCUCGUAAUACAUGCUCACUAGGAACAAACAGCACAGACCCGGAGCUGAUCUCGCGGUUGACUACUCACUUGAUCCUAUCCGUCGAGGCAGCGGAGUGCAUAGGGCGAGAUGCGAAACCGGCGCGGCGAGUCGUUGCUGUCCUGUCGAAACUUCUAAGGAUUUGUAUUGUACUAGGAAAGUGCAACGCUGAACAUGGGCCCUCUGUCAUGGCUGCAGUCUAUGCUAGAAGAACUUCAGAGCCGAUACGGGAAUUAAUAACCUCCCUUUCGGUUUCGGGCGAGGAGUUGGCCGCCUGCGCAGUGUUCGGUUCCCAUGAGCCACGUCCGCUGUCGUCAAGCGAGAUGUUUGAUCCCUUUGGAAACGUUUCUCAAUGGUGGCCGCCCACGGAGCUCGAAGCGCUAGGGGAUCUUGUCGAUCUCGAUGCCAGCCUUGUUGGAUUGGUCACUUAG